AGUAUUUCAUUAAGCACGAUAACAUUUCAACGGGUAGGCCUACAGAUCCAAAUGCACAUAAAACGUGGAUGAAAUGAUGAAUCUGGGGUAUAAAAUCAUGUUCUUUUUAUCAAUUGCCAUACAUCCCUCAGCUGAGGUUCCAUCGACAUGUGGUACGCCGCCGUCCUUUCCACACAUGGAAGUCAGGGACAAAUACCUGAGACAGAAAAACAUAUUCAGCAAAGGAGAUAAAGUCCUCUACAGAUGUGCUGAGGGCUACACUCAGUACAGUGGCAUUCGGUCUAUCAUGUGUGAAGCUGGAAAAUGGACAAGGUUAUCCAUGAAGUGUGAAAAGAAAAUGUGUGGAUCUGCUGGGGAGUUGUUCAAUGGACACUAUGAUUACACGGGGGCUUCGUUCAGGGACAAGGCAUAUGCAGUGUGCAAUGAGGGGUUUACACUGAAGGGGAUGGAAUACAGAAUGUGUAAGGAGUCUGGCUGGAGUGGAGAGAUUCCCACUUGUGAAGAGGGAGGUGAACCACAAGUGGUUCCAGCAGAAGUGACCUGCCCUGCUCCUUCUGUGGCCAACGGUGUGAAGCUGAGUGAGGCUGACUCAGUGUACAGGGUCGGAGACUCGGUGACCUUCACCUGCUCUGAGGGUUUCCUCCUGACUGGAGCCCAGCAGCUUACCUGUGGACCAGAUGGGCAGUGGCAGCCCCAGCUCCCACUCUGUCAGGCCUCUGAUAUAACUCAAAGCUCCAAGCCUGAUGGCAGAUGUAGAGUGCCACCGUACCUCCCCAACGCACACCUUUCUGACCGCUACAUAACACAGACAGACUUUGGUCCUGGUGAACGGGUCCGUUACAGAUGUGCCUUGGGAUACGUGAGAGCAAGAGGCACUUACUAUAGUACCUGUGUCAGUGGGAAGUGGACGCCAGUAACUCUGAGAUGUGAACGCAAAUCAUGUGGAUCUGCUGGAGAAAUCUCUUAUGGUGAUUUCAUUUAUACUGGUGUAAAGUUUGGGGAUACAGCUACAGGGGUUUGUAAUGAGGGGUAUCAACUGGUUGGACGGGGUGUAAGAAAUUGCAUGACUGAUGGCUGGGAUGGGCGUGUUCCCGUGUGUGAAGCUGUGCAGUGUGCUGAACUUCCUACGGUGGUAAAUGGAGAGACAAAUGGCUAUUUGGAACCACCUUACUUUUACAGCACUGUGAUUGGCUAUCGAUGUCGCGUAGGGAAACUGAUUGGCGCGAAAGAGAUCUACUGUACCAAAGAUGGGACAUGGAGUGAUCCACCUCCAGAGUGCAAAGGGGAAUGGUGAUGGAUGGACCAGGCACCAUCACAUGUGGCCUGGAAGGGAAAUGGACUCCUGCCCUUCCCACAUGUAAAUAACAGAAGAAAUGAAAGUCAGAUACAAUUGAUCAUUAUCCUGAAUGGCACCAAGUCAACAACUUUACCAUAAUAACUUUUACCAUAAUAAUUCAACUCAAUCCACUUUAUCUAGUGGUGUAAAGUACUUAAGUAAAAAUACUUUAAAGUUCUCCGUAAGUCGUUUUUGGGGUAUCUGUACUUUACUAUUUAUAUUUUUGAUAACUUUUACUUCACUACAUUCCUAAAGAAAAUUAUGUACUUUUUUACUUCAUACAUUUUCCCUGACACUCAAAAGUACUAACUACAUUUAGAAUUCUUAGCAGGACAGGAAAAUGGUCUGAUUCACAACCUUUUCACUAAACACAUGCUUUGUUUGUAAAUGGUGUCUGAGUGUUGGAGUGUGUCCCUGGCUAUCAAUAAAUUAAAAAAA